ACCACUCCCUGGGGCUGGCCUCUCUGAGCUCACAAACAGCCGCUGUCUCUGGAGAAGGCAGUCUUCAUCCAGGCUUGUGGCUGGGCGCUCCCCACUUUGCAGAGGGAAAGCUGUCUGGGAGAGCCCCGCAGGUGCCCGGCUCCAGCAUGCUGGCCCUGCUCUGUUGCAGCUUGCUUCUGGCCGCCCGGAUCUCUGCCACCUGGAAUGUCCCCAGCCCGGUGGAAAUCAGCUCAGAGCUGGCAGCGCAGAUCCGUGACGUGCACGCAAAGGUGCUGGAGAUCUGGCGGGUGUUCACGCAGCAGGAGGCCGACGGCGGGCGGGGCGCCGCGCUGCACGCCGCCUGCCAGGUGCAGCCGUCCGCCGGGCUGGACGGCGCGCAGCCCCGGGUGACCGGCCGGGUCCUCUUCCGGCAGCCCGCCCCCGGCGCCAGGCUGGAGGCCUUCUUCGACCUGGAGGGCUUCCCGGCCGAGCUCAACAGCUCCAAGCGUGCCAUCCACGUCCACCAGUUCGGGGACCUGAGCCGGGGCUGCGAGUCCACGGGUCCCCAUUACAACCCGCGGGCCGUGGCGCACCCUGACCACCCGGGCGACUUCGGCAACUUCGUCGUGCGCGACGGCCGCCUGUCCAAGUUCCGCGCGGGCCUGGCCGCCUCCCUCUCCGGGGCGCACUCGAUCGUGGGCCGCGCGGUCGUGGUCCACGCGGGCGAGGACGACCUGGGGCGCGGCGGCAACCCGGCCAGCCUGGAGAACGGCAACGCGGGCCCACGCCUCGCCUGCUGCGUGGUGGGCACCAUUGGGCCCGAGGCCUGGGCGAGCCGCUGGGCGCAGGAGCGGGACCAGCGCCGGAAGCGCAGGCGCGAGAGCCACUGCCAGGCCCCCUGAGCCCCGCCCCCCACCCCCUCCGCUCCAGGGCCCUCUGUGUCUCUGCAGGAGAUUCCACACCCCAGGAUGCCUCUGUGUGCCUAAGCGUCCUUCUGUCCCCAGACAUACCCGGGGUCACCUUCGUGCCCCAAGACACCUCCAUGUCCCCCAGGAUCCCCGCCAUGUCCCCCAGGACCCCCUCCAUGUCCCCAGGAACCUCUCUGUGUCCCCCAGGAUCCCCUUCGUGUCCCCAGGACACCCUCUAUGUCCCCAGGAACCUCUGUCCCCCAGGAUCCCCUUCGUGUCCCCCAGGACACCCUCUAUGUCCCCAGGACUCCCUCUGUGUCCCCAAGACCCUCUCUGUGUCCCCCAGGAUCCUUUCUGUGUCCCCCUACCCCCCCGUAUCCCUUAGGCCCCCCUCUGUGUCCCCCAGGACCCCUUCUGUUUCCCCUAGGAUCCCCCAUGUUCCCCCGGACUCCCUCCGUGUCCCCAAAAGCCUCUCUGUGACCCCCCAGGACCCCAUCUGUGUCCCCAGGAUCCCUUCGGUAUCUGCCAGGGCCCCCUCUGUGUCCCCUAGGACCCCCUCUGUGUCCCCAGGACCCCUUCAGCAUCUCCCCUCCGUGACCUGACCCCUCAGGGGUCUGGAACCGUCGACCUGGGAAGGAAGGAAGGAGGUGACCCACCUGUGCAGGUGGCUUCCCCACCCGCAUGCUCCCUGCUGGGAAGGAAGUCUUUGGUCCACUUCCCAAAGGUCAGGGCCUGGAACACCAUGUGACCAGGCAAAUUCCAGGGAGUUGGUGUAGGUACCUGAAGUGACUGGCUUUCCACAGGCAGGACACGAAGGUGAACUGGCAAAUUGGGGUGGAGGGCCUUAUAGAACAUUAGAUCAGUCUGGUGUAUGACUAUACCCUUUUGUUUACUCAAUAAAAGUAUUCUUACCAA